AUGACUGCCUUACAUAAGAUUGUUCUGGACCCUAAGGGGCUCGACAACUUGCACAUCUACAUUCAAUUCCAGUGAGAUUUCUUGUCAUACCUGAAGCCAUAAUUUCCAGGUCCAGGUUUAUUUUAAUUCUUAUUGUGUAAUACAUUUACAGGCAUGCUGGGGAAUUGGAAAAUUUCAACAGCAUGAUGACAAAAUAUGCACCGAAAAAGAAUGGCAUUCAAGUAUGCGUUCAAUCAUUGUUUUAUGAGACUUUUAUCUUCUGUGAGGGUAAAAUUCAUUUCAACAUGUACAUUACUGGACACUCAUGUUUAGAAAUGUAUAUCAUGAACACCCAGAUAAUGCAAUAGCCAGUUAUCUUCUGCUGAUUUCUCACAACAUGAGGAUUGAUGCAACAAUUUAUUCUGAUAUUUCCUCACUUUGCAGCUAUUUACUUAUGAAUUUGAUGACAUAUUGUGAUGCAAUAAUCAAUUCCCAAAUGAUAUGGCUGAUAGAGGUCUUUUAACUUGUUGAAAUUGUUUUAGCUUAUCAAGGUCGAAAAAUUUAGCAUUUCAGGCCUACUGAUUUUACUAGCUGUUCUAAAAAUUUGGUGUUACAACUCUUGAGCAUCUUAUUUUGCAGGUACCCAUACUUUACACUGAGAAUUACAUUGGCAGUAAUAGAUCACAAUUAUCAUCUGUUCCGAAAGCCAAAGCUGAGUCAAGGGGGGGAACAUGUCAGUCAUUAGAAAUAUUUCAAAAGGAUGCAGUGAUACCAUGCUGA